UCCGUUGAGGUCCCGCGCCGCAUGGAGGCCGGCUGAGGAGCGCCGCUGCCUCGCCUUGGUACGCCGCGCGGCGCGGACAGCGCGGCUUUUCUCGCGCACAACAGAUGUCCUCCUGGGCUGCUGGGAACUCUCAGAGGCUUCGUCUGCACAGAGGAUCAUGGUUUCCAAAGCCAGAUAUCGCUUUUCACGGAUGAGGAACAGCCCUUGGAGAACAAGUGUCUUCAGAGGCAGUGUCUAGGGUCUCCUGAAAUCAGGCUGCUGAGUCUUUUCUUGCCCUGUGGGUCUCCACCCUGUUCUUUGCCUUUGGGACAGAUCAUGCUGUGGCAGAGAAGCUCAGAGGCUGAGGCCGACUGCUAAAGCAGCGUCUGCAUGUGGCUUGUGCUUGCAGCCAAGAGAGGGCCACCUGUGUGGGACAGGUGGGAUGCUGACCCUGGAGGCAAGUUCCCGCCUUAACCGGAGGCUCGUUUGAAGCAUCCUGCCCAGGGCAGCGCUGGGGUCUGAGAUCCGAGGACCCUGUCUGCCGGCUACCCGUGCUCAGGAGGCAUCUCCCACAAAUCGUGUUCAGCACCCACCCCAGUCCUGGUCGGUGGACAUCUGUGCGGGGCAGGGAGAGUGAAGCACAGCUGGUCUGAUAGAAGCGUCUGGCUUCCUUCCAGGCUGCACUGCCUCCCAGCGGGUUGGCCUCACGGGUAACAAGGCCAGAAGCCGUUGUGAGGCUCCCUGGGGCAGUGUCAGCACUGGGGAUUUGGGAAGGAGAGUGGCCGGACCCCAGGUGAUGCUCUGCUGGGACCCAGAGGGGGCUGCAGUGUGCGCUGGCCGGACCCCAGGUGAUGCUCCGCUGAGACCCAGAGGGGGCUCCCGUGUGCGCUGGCCGGACCCCAGGCUCCCCACCCGUGCAAGAAGCCGCCGCCCAGCCAUGGACGGGGAGGAGCAGCAGCCACCAAAUGAGGCCAACGUGGAACCUGUUGUGUCGUCGGAGGCUUCAGAGCCGGUGCCCAGGGUGCUUUCUGGGGACCCCCAGAACCUGUCUGACGUGGACGCCUUCAAUCUGCUCCUGGAGAUGAAGCUAAAGCGGCGGCGUCAGCAGCCCAACCUGCCGCGCACUGUGACCCAGCUGGUGGCUGAAGAUGGGAGCAGGGUGUACGUGGUGGGGACAGCCCACUUCAGCGACGACAGCAAGAGGGACGUCGUGAAGACCAUCCGGGAGGUGCAGCCUGACGUGGUGGUCGUGGAGCUCUGCCAGUACCGUGUGUCCAUGCUGAAGAUGGAUGAAAGCACACUGCUGCGGGAGGCGCAGGAGCUCAGCCUGGAGAAGCUGCAGCAGGCCGUGAGGCAGAACGGGCUCAUGUCGGGGCUGAUGCAGAUGCUGCUGCUGAAGGUGUCUGCGCACAUCACCGAGCAGCUGGGCAUGGCCCCGGGCGGCGAGUUCAGGGAGGCCUUCAAGGAGCCUCUGCUCCAGGCCAGCAAGGUGCCUUUCUGCAAGUUCCACCUGGGUGACCGGCCCAUCCCUGUCACCUUCAAGAGGGCCAUCGCUGCGCUCUCCUUCUGGCAGAAGGUCAGGCUGGCUUGGGGCCUGUGCUUCCUGUCAGACCCCAUCAGCAAGGACGACGUGGAACGCUGCAAGCAGAAGGACCUGCUGGAGCAGAUGAUGGCUGAGAUGAUCGGCGAGUUCCCGGACCUGCACCGCACCAUUGUCUCGGAGCGCGACAUCUACCUGACCUACAUGCUGCGCCAGGCCGCCCGGCGCCUUGAGCUGCCUCGGGCCUCUGACGCCGAGCCCAGGAAGUGUGUCCCCUCUGUGGUGGUGGGCGUCGUGGGCAUGGGCCACGUGCCUGGCAUUGAGAAGAACUGGAGCACCGACCUCAACAUCCAGGAGAUCAUGACCGUGCCCCCGCCAUCCGUCUCCGGCAGAGUGUCUCGGUUGGCCGUGAAGGCCGCCUUCUUCGGUCUGCUGGGCUACAGCCUGUACUGGAUGGGCCGCCGCACUGCGAGCCUGGUCCUGUCGCUGCCCGCCGCGCAGUACUGCCUGCAGAGGGUGACCGAGGCCCGACACAAGUAGGAGACUGCUCCCCGCCCGCUCGGGCCCCUGAGGAGCCAGUGCCCCCGCGGCACUUCCUGGGUGCCAGGCGCAUCCUAGCCCGCCGGAGGCCCCUGCCACCCCCCAUGGGGGUCUGGGCCCGGCCUCGCCUGCCCUCCUGGUCCAGUCACCCCUCCCCCAGCCCACCCAAAUAAAGGAUUAUUUAACUGUCUGAGCUCAGGCCUCCCGGCAGCCCCUCCCCUCCCAUACUGCAGGGGCCGUUCACCGGCCUCUGGACAAGACGCCCAGCUCCGAGGAGGCAGGGGCUUGGAGGAGCCGAGGUGUGCACUGCCCUCUGAGCCCUGGCGGCAGGCGGGGGACAAUGGCCACUGUCCCUACCUCACUGUGCCUUCCUGUGCUCCAGUCAUGGGAGCUUCGGCCCAGGGGCGGCUCCUGGGGGCUCCAGGGCAGGCGAGACUGGGACAAAGGCCCGGCCCUUGAGCUCCAGCCAACCCUGCCAUGCCCCCAGCAUCCUGGCCCCGGCCACCUCCCCGGCGCCGUCUGCCUGCAGGGAUUCUGUGUUUUUGGCUUUUUUAAUGUCUCAAAAUCUUUUACUCAGGUAAUUUUAAUUUCAAAGAGAAAAACUGAAGUAAAUGUCAAAAAACACCAGCCUUAAAUCCAGGGGGACAGAAUUCGUGUUCUGGGUCUGUCCCUAGUGGGCUUGUGUGCAGCCAAACAUCAGCUCUGGCUCCAGGCGCAGCCUCACCUGGAAGCCUGUGUCCUGAGCCCCCGGAGUGAGGGGGUGCCCAGGGUGUCUAGCCCUCUGUGGGCAGAGAAUGUGUGCACCUAUGUGGAAGGCCAAGGACAUGGGCUAUGGCCGGGCCUGCCCCGCUCAGGCCCCCUGCCCGGCGGCCGUCUGUGUGCGGGGCCUCCCUCCUGGCUGUCCAGGACACGGCCUGUGCAGCCCCAGCCUGGACCCAGGUCACCUCUGGUUGUGUCUGUCCCGACUCAGUGUUGAGUCACAUCAGGUGUGCAUCAGGAGCUGGCCGUGUCCUUCCUGCCACACUCGGGGAUUCAUUCCUUAGAAACUGAAAUAAAUUCUAAUUUUG